CGUGCAUAUUAGUAUAUGGAUAAAACGUGUGAGAAGUAAAUGUUUAAUAGUUUUAAGAAUUUGUAGAAUAUUACGCUUAAUUUUUAUUUCUACUUAUUUAUUUAUUGCAUAAAAUUUUGCUAGUAUAUUUAUUAAGAUUAAAUGAAGAGUAUGUUCUGUACUUUGGAUACUUUCGAUACAGAGUUUUCCGCGGAUUCAGUUGAAUGGUGCCCAAUAAAUUUUUUCAAAGAUAUAUUUGUUUGUGGAACAUAUCAAUUAAUAGAAGAUGAAAAUUUAAUAUCCAAUACUUCAAUAUUAUCAAAACGUUUAGGAAGAAUUUAUUUAUGUCAAAUUGUACAAAAUGGAAAUUUAAAAUUACUGCAAAAAUUAGAAGUACCAGCCAUAUUGGAUAUGAAAUGGGCACAUGUUAUAUGUCAAAAAAAAAUUUUACUCGGUAUUUCAAAUUCUUUAGGAUACCUCCAGAUUUAUGAACUUAAAAAUAAUGACAAAAAAAAAAACUUAGAAUUAAUAAUUCAAAAAAAAGUCUCGGAUGAAGAUGAAAUACUUGCAUUAUCCUUAGAUUGGUGUACUGGAAAAUUAAUAAAUAAUAAUGAUUUUGCUACAAAAAUUGUAGUUAGCGAUUCAAAAGGUUUUAUAUCGUUAUUCGAAAUAAAUGAAAAUGAACUUAAUAAAAUUAAUUCAUGGUCUGCACAUGAAUUUGAAGCGUGGAUUACAGCUUUCGAUUAUUGGAACAUAAACGUGAUAUAUAGUGGUGGCGAUGAUUGUAAAUUUCAACGUAUUGACACGAGAAUAAAAAAUAUUACCCUGUUAAAUAAAGUUCAUGAUGCUGGUGUUACAAGCAUUCAUAGUAAUGCAACAAGAGAAUUUUUAUUAGCAUCUGGAAGUUAUGAUGAAAUAUUAAGAUUAUGGGAUACAAGAAACUUUAAACAACCUAUAUCAAAUGUCAAACUCGAUGGUGGUAUUUGGCGUUUAAAAUGGGAUUCCUUCGAACGGAAAUAUUUGUUUGCAGCUUGCAUGUAUGGCGGAUUUAGAAUAAUCGAUUGCGAAAAUACAGUAACUUUAUCUAUUAUUGGCGAAUAUAAUGAACAUAAAAGUAUAGCAUAUGGAUGUGAUUGGUCUUUCUUAAAUAACGAAGAAAUAUCAGAACAAAUAUUUAAAAGGAAAAUUGAAAAUGUAUUCCUGACAAGCACUUGUUCUUUUUACGAUCACAUUUUAAAAGUAUCGGCAUUAUAUUUAAAUCAUGAAUAAAGAGUUUAAUAAAAG